AUGAAGACUGGCGGGUACACAAAGACUCUACUCACUAUUUACAGCUUGGUAUCCCUCGCUGUAAAUAGUGAAGCUAGUGAUGAACUUGUUCCAGCAUGGGUGUCAGCAGUGAGGGGAGUUUCAUUAAAACCAUACCCAUACCAUGCGGCUGCAACUGGCGCUCACGCACACACCAGUCCCGCACUCGUGUGCAAUAAAUUAAGAGUGGUAAGCCAGCAGAAUGAACUGGGAACUGUAGAAGUGGAGGCCACUUCCAUCUACAGCUUUAAGAGCAGAUAUGACAAGGCGAGGAAAAGUCUGCGGGAACUGUUACACCAGUUACCUGAUAGCCAGGAGCGCCACCAUCCACCUGGACCACUGUUCAGCGCCACCAUCCACCUGGACCACUGUUCAGCGCCCCCAUCCACCUGGACCACUGUUCACCGCCACCAUCCACCUGGAUCACUGUUCACCGCCACCAUCCACCUGGACCACUGUUCAGCGCCACCAUCCACCUGGACCACUGUUCAGCGCCACCAUCCACCUGGACCACUGUUCAGCGCCACCAUCCACCUGGACCACUGUUCACCGCCACCAUCCACCUGGAUCACUGUUCACCGCCACCAUCCACCUGGAUCACUGUUCAGCGCCACCAUCCACCUGGACCACUGUUCAGCGCCACCAUCCACCUGGACCACUGUUCAGCGCCACCAUCCACCUGGACCACUGUUCACCACCACCAUCCACCUGGACCACUGUUCAGCGCCACCAUCCACCUGGACCACUGUUCACCUGUUCAGCGCCACCAUCCACCUGGACCACUGUUCAGCGCCACCAUCCACCUGGACCACUGUUCAGCGCCACCAUCCACCUGGACCACUGUUCACCACCACCAUCCACCUGGACCACUGUUCAGCGCCACCAUCCACCUGGACCACUGUUCACCGCCACCAUCCACCUGGAUCACUGUUCACCGCCACCAUCCAUGGACCACUGUUCUGCGCCACCAUCCACCUGGACCACUGUCACCGCCACCAUCCACCUGGACCACCACCACCAUCCACCUGGACCACUGUUCAGCGCCACCAUCCACCUGGACCACUGUUCAGCGCCACCAUCCACCUGGACCACUGUUCACCACCACCAUCCACCUGGAUCACUGUUCAGCGCCACCAUCCACCUGGACCACUGUUCAGCGCCACCAUCCACCUGGACCACUGUUCACCACCACCAUCCACCUGGAUCACUGUUCAGCGCCACCAUCCACCUGGACCACUGUUCAGCGCCACCAUCCACCUGGAUCACUGUUCACCGCCACCAUCCACCUGGAUCACUGUUCAGCGCCACCAUCCACCUGGACCACUGUUCACCACCACCAUCCACCUGGAUCACUGUUCAGCGCCACCAUCCACCUGGACCACUGUUCAGCGCCACCAUCCACCUGGACCACUGUUCAGCGCCACCAUCCACCUGGACCACUGUUCACCACCACCAUCCACCUGGAUCACUGUUCAGCGCCACCAUCCACCUGGACCACUGUUCAGCGCCACCAUCCACCUGGACCACUCGCCACCAUCCACCUGGACCACUGUUCAGCGCCACCAUCCACCUGGACCACUGUUCAGCGCCACCAUCCACCUGGACCACUGUUCACCGCCACCAUCCACCUGGACCACUGUUCACCGCCACCAUCCACCUGGACCACUGUUCACCGCCACCAUCCACCUGGACCACUGUUCACCGCCACCAUCCACCUGGACCACUGUUCAGCGCCACCAUCCACCUGGACCACUGUUCAGCGCCACCAUCCACCUGGACCACUGUUCAGCGCCACCAUCCACCUGGACCACUGUUCACCGCCACCAUCCACCUGGACCACUGUUCAGCGCCACCAUCCACCUGGACCACUGUUCACCGCCACCCAUCCCGCGAGUAUUCCAAAUUUGA